AAUGCAAAUGUCGCAAAACAAGUUGGUGUGAAGUUGGUAUGAAACAGCUACAGCUGGCCACAGCAGCUGUUGGUUGUUGACAUUUGAGUUUGACUCAGAGAUCAGACUGUACCUGUAGUUUUUACUGUAACGAGCUUGUGUGAUGACUAUGGGCUAUGGCCCAUUACAAAUUUAAUUAAUAAUUAUCAAGCUCUCCUCGUUUUCUCUUUGGAGUAUAAACAGCGAAAUAAAUCAACUAAGCAUAAUGGAUGACACUGGUUCUAUAAAUAAUGACCAAAGCAUUGAAAAUGAAGAAGACAUCGAUUUUUCCGAAGACCGAGAGUUAGUGACUAACGAUUCUUGUUCUACAAAAGUAUUAGAUAGUCCCGAAGAGCCUGUCGAUAAAUAUCGUUUGGUUUAUUUUCUAUUCUAUUUGUUUGGGGUAACUUCUUUAGUGCCGUGGAAUUUUUUGAUUACGGCUAAUGAUUAUUGGAUGUACAAAUUCCGGGAUGUCGAACCACACAACCUUACAGUAUAUGUCCGUAAAACCCAGUUUCAAGCAGAAUUCACAUCAUAUCUCAAUGUGGCGACAGCAAUUCCCAAUUUGAUAUUCCUGAUAUUAAACUCCUUGUAUGGACACUGGGUAUCGGUGAGAAGUAGACUUCUUGGCUCCUUGAUCAUUGUGACCUUAUGUUUUGUGGUGACAACUUCAUUUGUGAUGGUUGACACAGACGAUUGGCAGGGCACAUUCUUUAUUAUAACCAUGUUUACAGUUGUUGUAAUGACCGCUGCCAGCGCUGUAUUCAUCGCAGGCCUGAUGGGCAUAUCGAGCAAGUUGCCCCAGAAGUAUAUGACUGCAGUGAUCAGCGGGCAAUCCCUGGGCGGCAUCAUAGCAGCAGUCGCCCAGAUCAUCUCCCUGGCCUUCAAGAUAUCCCCCCAACACAGUGCGCUUAUCUACUUCUGUAUAGCAGACUUCAUGGUUAUAGCGUCGCUAAUCUCCUACGUGUUUCUGUACAAAAUUGACUUCUUCACCUUCCAUAUCCUGAGGGGAUCUGGCAUGGCUGCCAAUAGGCAUAGAGAGGCGUAUUUGACGAUCAUCGUGAAGAAGAUUUGGGUGUACGCGUUUAGUAUAUUCGCGAUAUUUGGAAUCUCAAUGUGUGUUUAUCCGGCGGUCACUGUGCUUGUGGAAUCUCAUCCGGUUACGAGCGGAACUGACUGGAAUAAUAUAUUCUUCGUGCCUGUGGUGAAUUACCUCAUCUUUAACUGUGGCGAUUACUCUGGAAGGAUGGCGGCCGGAUUUUUGAUGAAACCGACAAACCAGUGGGUGCUGGCUGGAGCCAGUAUCCUGAGGAUAAUUGGCGUUCCCAUGCUGAUGCUGUGUAACGCACAGCCAAGGAAGCACCUCCCUGUGCUGUUCCCUUGGGACUACGAGUAUAUACUGAUCAUGAUCGUUUUCGCCUUUACGAAUGGUUACCUGACCAAUAUUGUAAUGGUGCAUUCCACUCGCGUGGUGGAAAUGCACGAACGUGAGAAGACAUCUUCCAUAAUAGCGACGAUGCUGAGCGUCGGACUGACUGCAGGAGCCGCGGUCGGUAUGUUGUUGGUCAGACUGUUGUAGACUGUCCGAGAGACAUCCUAGCGUUGAGGUUAGCGUAGAUACGGCGUCCGUUCAUUAAUAUUAUGUAGAAAUGUGUUUAAAUAAAAUCCUUCCCUCGAAGGGAUCAAGUAUAGUAACAUACUCCACCUGGUAUAAGAUUAGAUUAGUGUUCAUUGUGUUGUCCAUUCGGUAAAUUAAUAUAACUUGUCAUUGAGUUAAUGAAAAAUAAAUUACUAACUAGCUUAUCUAAUUAGUAACUUGUGUUAAUCGUCUAUUUUGAUUUAAACUAAUCAAUUUAUCGAAUUGUUAGUUCAUAAUCAAUUUAUUAAGUUAAAAAACAUAUUUUGCUCGGGUAAUUCAAUCACACAUAGUGGGCAAGACUCGCGUUGUCAAGUGUCAUACUGACAGCUCCCCAUUUCAUCGCUGCUUUAUUUUUAGGCCAAUGACGUUAGCCAGCUGGCACGGGAAGAUACCAGGCGGAGUAUAUUAUGAUACCAUGGGUUUUACCUUUUUAACAUUCUAUGAGAAACAGUGUAACCUAUAUUAUAUAUAGUAAAAAGGAGCAGAUAUUGUUAUAAGUACCUGCAUCGUGACUCUUAAACGUCCUAAUUGGGACGUAUUUUGAGUUCUUAACUUGCUGUCUUCUCUCUCAUUAUUGUUUUAAUCACACUGUCUGUUGUUUUUAGAUGGUUUCAUUAAUAUCAUAAGAUAACCGAAACUUUUCAAACGAAACGACACAUACGUAUGUCAUCUAAUCAUAUUAUGACUAAUUCUUUUUAUUAUGACAGAAACAUAUUUUAUUGCGCUUAUAAUUCAACAAUCUUAUUAAUUUCUAUCGUUGUUCUUCUUAUUGUGAAUUUUUUUAUUAUUGCCUGUACAUAGCUACAGAACAAUGACAAUGGCGGAUUUGAAAGAUGGUUGACAGCUGUCAAUGUUCAUCGUUAAAUUAGACUGUCAAUAUCACACUGUACAAACAAUCAUAAUUUUAAUAUGUUAGCCGCAGCCUCGGACUAGUAAAAAAAUAAGGACUCCGUGUCACCUUACAUAACAGUGUAGCACCAAAACAAGCCGCCGUAACCGGCGUGAAACGUGUAAAUACAUAGCCCCACGCACACACUUACACUACUACAGACCGAUAGGCGGCCAUUAUGAGAAUUGUCAUCGUCUGUGACAGAUCAGUUUGCGUCUCAAUAAAAUAUUUUAAUAAUGCCGUCGUGCGUUGUGAAAAAGUGUAAAAACAAUACUUUAUAGUAUUUGUGGCCAUAUAUGAUUAUUUAAGGGGAAAAAAAUUGUGUAACUAGUAUCCCCCGUAACCGCACACACACUAGCAUAACGGUGCUUCGCUUGCAAAUAUCACGGCGUGGAGUUCUUCUUUUUUUUACUCGUCAGUAGCCGCAGCACGCACUUUUCAAUGAUCUUAAUAUGAUUAUAAUAUAAUAUUGUAUAACAUUUAUUAUUAUUUAUUAAAACUGUAUCACAAUUUAUGUUGUAAGAACGUGUUUGUUUAAAUCUAUAACUUAGUUCAAGUAACUAAGAUAUGAAUUAACAAAUCGCCAUUGUUAUUUACAAUUACCCCUUUCAAAAUAAUAAUAUGUGUUUAGACACCUCCCUUAACGCAGGUAAUUAAUAGCUGAUAGCUCUUUACUAUAACUAUAAUCGGUGAAGUUAGCAAUCGUUAUCAUAAAACACUGUGGCUGAAAAUGUGUAACAACCAAGAAUUCCUUUUAUUACACACAUACAUUACAUACAUUUGGAAUUGUAUUCUUUGAUAAUAUACUUCACAAACGAAGUUACCUAUACGUCUUUUGUUUUCUUAAUGUGUAAAAUUCAAUUAAUGUCGCUUAUAAACAACAUCUACAGACAGAACAAUAACAAUGGCGGAUUUGAUAGAUGGUUGACACCUGUCAAUAAUUGUCAUCUAUUAAACUGUCAAAAUCAAACUACAUACAAUCAUAAUAUUAGGUUAGCCCCAAUAACCAUUUUUCGAAAUGAUUUAUGAUUAUAAUUAUAAUGCCGCAAAGUUAUUUAAAUCAUAUCCAUUUAUAUAGGGUAUAUCAGAGAUCUUAUUUUAACGACAAUUAUCUUAUUAAAUACAACUUAAUAUAUAAAAAAAAAACAUGACAGUUUCCCAAGUUAAGGGCGUGAUAAUUUUUGUAAUAGAUCAAUUUAUGAUAAUAUUAUUAUAUAGUGAUAUUGUAGUAAAGUUGUAUUUAUCAUAUUUAGGUACCUACACCCAAUGGGUGUUUAAUUAGUUAAUAUUGUUAAUGGGCAUGUUGUGUUGAACCAAUGUGAAAUUACCACAUACUUGAAAGAGCCAGAGAUAUAGUUGUGUUAUAUAAGACAAUAUUGAAAAUAGUUGGUUAAAAACUCUUAGUUGGCAUACUUUAUAAUAUGAAAUACUUAACAUAUAUGGAUCUCGACUCCAAUUUUUUUUUUUAAUUUAAGAGCGCGUUAAAGUGAAACAAUUUUGUAAUAGUUAUUUAUGCAACUGUUGUGUAAUACGGGGUAUUUAACACAAAUGUGGUUUUUUUUUUUGGAUAAUAGUAUCAUAUGAGUGUUCUAAUAGCUAAUUAUCAACAAUUGCAUACUAGACUUUAUCUACACCCAGAAUAUGAAUCCUCUAUAAAAGAUUCUGAAACAGUUACUAACUGCUAACAUUAAAAAAGCCAAUCCUAGUAACCAUAUUAUCAUCCAAAGGAGUGUUAUUAUGAAAACGGAUGAUGUAAUGUUGUACUGAAUUUCAUUACAACACUCGUUUGGAUGAUGUAAUUGUUAUUAGGACAUUGGGUAUUUUUGGUAAAAAGCUAACUGUUUUAGAAUAUUUAAUAGAAGAUUAAAAGCAUAGGUAGACAAAUUGUUUAUUAUAAUUUUUUAAAGAUAUAAGCGAAAAAAUAUCAUUGAUAUUUUAGGCUUUGUAUUGGAUUUUUGCAUGUGUAAAAAAUAAUUAUUAUAUUUUUACUAAUUUUCUCAGGAAAACUGGAUAACACUAGAUAGUUAUCAUCUAAUUUAAUACCUAUACCUAAGGUAUUCGCUAGUAUAUUUUAAAUCUUUUAGUCGUACAGAAUUCCGAAUCGUUUCGUAAAAUCGAAUCUUAAAACGUAUGUAUGCGAUCGUAUCGCGCUUAUAAUAUUCAAACAAUGACGAUGAAAAAUAAUUUCAAUUUUAUAAUAUAUGUAGUACAAGAUCCAACUACUCGAUUCUUCGGGUAUGUGUUUUUCUGAUAAAACUAAUUUUAAAUGAACGUUGAGGGAGUAUGUAAUGUAUUAGCGAUAGGUUGCCUAUUAAAAAAUGGCCGCAUAUACCACUAAUUAAUUUUAGUAUAAUUAAUUUUCUAAUAUCUCUUUUAUUUUAUUUUUUUUUAAUUUUAUGUCAUUUUAAAGGAAAUUAUGUAAAGAAUUGAAAAAUAUAUGGUGGCCAAGGCUCAGUCAACCGCAAAAUUCGGGUUGCCAGGUUUAAAUAGGUAUAUUAUUAAUUUAUAAUAAUAAUAUUGACACACUUUUACACAAAUUAUCUAGCCCCAAACUAGGUAUAGCUUGUGCUAUGGGUACAAGACAACGAUAUAUUUAAUACAAUAUACUUACUAAACAUACAUAAAUACAUAUAAACAUCCAUGAAUCGUAAACAAACAUCCAUAUUCAUCAUAUAAAUGAUUGCACCUACCGGGAUUCGAACCCCGCACCUCUAAUCUUAGUAGUCAGGGUCAUUAACCAUUCGGCUAUAUCGGUUGUCUAGUAGUAAUAUUAGUAAAUUAGUUUUAUCAUAAAAACCUGCGUCCCUGCAGAAUCGAGCAGCGGGGUCCUAGACUAUUAUUAUAGUUUAAACACGAGCGUCAACAGAUUACAGCAAUUCUGAAUUUUACUUAAGAUCGCCUCUGUACACUUAGAUUAUUAUUUUUAUUAUUUAAGUUUUAGUACGUAGCUCUACUUUAGAAAUAUUGUUACCACGAUUAUUGUUCGGAUAUAACUUUUGAUAUUAUUUUAAUGAUUUAGUCGUAAGUGUAUUUUAGUUGUCAAAGUUUUUUACCGUUUUACCUUAUUGUGAUAAUUUAUCUUUUACAUUGCAAACAUUCCUUGUAACAUUUUAUUAUACAGUGAUAUAAUUAUGUAUGAGAUUCAAAUCAUAUUUUUGUUUUUCAAAUCUCGCCAUUUCUGUUGACUAGUUAUGCCAUUGGACCAUUAUUGACGUACAAUAAACAACUGGACUAUCUAUUAAAAGGUCGUCAAAAAUUGUUCGAGCGGCGUUGUAUAAAUAUAUACAAUUAACUUAAACAAAUAACAUUUAUUGAAAUUAACACCUUAUUUAGUGGCAGUAAUGUUCCAAGUAUUGUACACGCUCAUUAGAAGCUCGGACGCGAACACGAGGCAAGAACAUUCUGAUUUAGCAAUUGAAAUGUAAUUAGUUAACAAUAUGAUUGAGAACGUCAAGUUAGUUACACAAUUUUGUUAAUUUUAAAGGGGCACUUACCAUCUCCACUCCAUCCAUUUUAAGCUUGUAUAUGCUGUCAGUUUUUCACUGAACACUUUAUUAUUGCGUGGCGUUGUAUUGAAAGCGCGGUCGAAACACAAACUUUGAUUCAAAUUUUUAAGCGUUAUUGUGAGUCUAGUAGUUUAUUGUACGUCAAUGCAUUGAACUUAAUAAUAUUUGUUUGUUAUAAUAUGGAGGAUGUUGCAAAAGUGUUUUAACGUAUUUGAGAAUGUGAUACGUGCUGUUUCUAUUGUAAUGAUUAUAUAUAAUUAUGUGUUUUAAAAUAUUUACCUAAGAUCAUUUAUACGUCUAGAUAGACUGUGACAGAUGUGAAAACGACGAAAAAGAAUGAGGUUGACAGUGUACCUCUAUUUUGUGCAAUGUCCGCACCCUAACAUAGAGUGACAUACAAAUCGCUAGUGUAAUGCGUGGCUUGUCACGCACACUAAAGUGAUAUACCUGGCCUGUGUCAUCGGUCGUCUAACAGCAAAAGGCUCUGUCUCGACAAACAAAUUGUCUAUGAUUUACACUGAUGACUUGCCUAUUUGAAUUUAUACGUUAAUAUUUGUUUUAAGACUAAUUGGAUCUCGAAACGUAAGAUAGUCUGGAAUACUGAUUCGAGACUCUUUUCAUGGAUAAAGUACUUAUGUGCACUGUUUUAAGCUAUUUAUCGCGGUGAUUCCCGAUAUCUCGGCACGGUUUCAUGGGAAAUGAUGGGGAAGGAUCUCAAAAAGAGACGAUAUUUAAAGUAAUGAUUCAACUGUUUUUCGAAGUGAAAUGUGUACCUUAAUUUUAUUCACCAAAUGUUAAUAACAUUUAAGUAAUGUAAACCUGUGUAUAACAUAAAAAUCUACCAAAAUAUAUUAAUUUUAGUUGUGCCGAGAGUUGUUAAGCACUAAAUUCGAGAGGUACUUAUUUUAAAUGUAAAAGACAAAAUAUGUAAUUUGAAUGUUGACAAAUUCGUGUACUCGUCACCUUAUAUGUACCUUUAAGUAUAUGUGAUUAGCCAAUUAUCAUACAUAUAAUUAUCUACAUAUGUGUAAUUUGUAAAUGAUAAUAAAUACAUCAAAACAGUAUAUUA